UAAAAGAUAUAUAAAACUCACCGCCAAAAACUGAUUGCGGCUUCUACCUUGUUACAGGAAUGUUGUUUGUUGCUCAAGAUGAUGUGAUAUCAUUCAUGAUACAUUUGACAUAUGUUUCACAUAUUAUACACCAACAAGUUAUUUAUAGCAGUUUAAAUACAAGCAAUCCGUUUUUGGCACAACACCAUCAUUUGAUUUGGGCCCGAGGAAGACAAGAAGACUCAUGUUCGUCUCUUUCUGUCAGACAAUUUUUUUUCACGUCUCUGAAUUUAAGCGACUUUUGCUUGGCUCAUACUACAAACUUUUCUUCUUUCUCCCCUCAACCACAGAGCUUGAUCUGCGCUAAUAACAAGUCCAUCAAACAAGACACACACACGCACAAACACGCGCGCGCGCACACACACACGCACAGAUAAGGAGAGGUGAAGUGUCUUCGUGGCUAAUUCCAUCUGUUCCUUCAUGUUUUGUUUUCUCAGUGCACACAAAAUAAAACACAGACGAAGUUGAAAUAUGGGAAAAAGUUAUCAGCUUGAUUUUUUUUUUCUUGAAUGGCUAAACUUCGUUCAGCGUGUUCGUUCCGCUGGGCAAUUAUUACCAUUCCCGCUGUGCGUAAAUGGUUCGCUCCACCCGCAGUUUUAUAAGCUCCUGAAAAUCUCUUUACGCGUCACGGUGUUAUCUCUGAGUCACAGCAAAGAUGAGCUACGGAGACCGCUACACGUCGUCCUCCUAUCGGAAGAUUUUCGGGGAUUCUCCGAGAUUCCCCGUCUCUUCCUCUCGCAUGAGCGGUGGGUCUCCGCGGGGCUCCCCGAGCCUUCGAUCCAUGGCAGCGUCGCGCAACAGCGCGUCCUCUGUGACCCUGUACAGACGGGGAGGACGGACCUCCACCUCUUUCUCUACGGUGCCUACCGCCUCCCUGGACUUGUCCCAGACCUCCGUGGUCAGCAAUGAGUUCAAAGUGAUCAGAACCAACGAGAAGGAGCAGCUGCAGGGUCUCAAUGACCGCUUUGCCAUGUUCAUCGAUAAAGUCAGACACCUGGAGCAGCAGAAUAAAGUGUUGGAGACGGAGCUGGUGACCCUGCGGCAGAAGCAGAGCGAGCGGCCCCGCGUCGCUCAUCUCUACCAGCAGGAGAUGAGGGACCUGCGCUCGCAGCUGGAGGAGCUGAACAGGGAAAAGAACCGAGUGCUGAUCGAGAGGAACAACAUGGAGGACGAGCUGCAGAAGCUAAGUGCAAAGUAUGAUGAGGAGGUGAGAGCGAGGGAAGAAGCUGAACAGACCCUGAGGUCCUUCAGAAAAGACGUGGACGAUGCCGCCGCUGUCCGCCUGGACCUGGAGCGCAGGGUGGAGUCCCUGAUGGACGAAAUCGCCUUCCUCAAGAAAGUCCAUGAGGAAGAUAUUGAGGAGCUGAGCAGCAUGAUGGAGGCGCAGCAGGUCUCUGUGGAGGUUGAGCUCGCCAAACCAGACCUCACCUCAGCGCUGAAGGAGAUCCGCAACCAGUACGAGUCCAUUGCCUCCAAGAACUUGCAGUCGGCUGAGGAGUGGUACAAGAGCAAGUUUGCGAGCCUCAGUGAGCAGGCCACGAGGAGCAACGAGGCCAUGAGGGCCAGCAGGGAGGAGAUCAGUGAGUUCAGGAGGCAGCUCCAGUCCAAGACCAUUGAGAUAGAGACCCUAAGGGGUGCCAACGAGUCUCUGGAGAGGCAGAUCUCAGAGAUGGAGGAUACACACAAUGCUGAAGUCACAGCAAUGCAGGACACUAUUAGCCAAUUGGAUACUGAGUUGAGGAACCUGAAGAGCGAGAUGGCUCAUCAUCUGAGAGAGUAUCAAGACCUGCUCAAUGUCAAGAUGGCCCUGGACAUCGAGAUCGCUGCUUAUAGGAAACUGCUGGAAGGGGAGGAGACCCACUUUAACUCAGGGAUGUCCUUCAACUACACCUACCAACCUCGAGCCUCAACCAGCUCCUCCAGGAGGGAGAAAGAAGGAGGCGCGAAGGAAAGCUUCAAAGACGUCAGCGAGGAUAAAGACGAGGCGGACAUCAACUCCAACAACUGAAGAUAUACGGGGAAAUCUGACAUCAUAGUUGUUAAGUCUGAAACAGAUGUUUUGGAAGUAGUCUCUAAAGUCAGUGUUUUGAGUCAUAGUCAGCAUCCUGUAUUUGACAUUUUUGUUGUAGUUUUAAAUAUCUCCAUUAACAACCGAAGAGAGCUAACAUGACACUCCAAACAUUAACCUUAGUACUAAAUGUUAAUGGGGAAUCUUUCAUUUUGCUGCAGCAGUUUCAUGCACUCAAACCUGUAUGAAAUGAGGAAACAGACAUUGCUUAGACUUUAAGGCAUGGCUUCUAUUUACCCACAAAUUAAGGUUGUCAGUUCCACUUGGAUAUCACUAAAAUGAUAAGCAAAUAAAAUUACAUGACUGGAACUGUGGUUUCUUAUGAUGACUCGAGGUGGCAGACAGAUGUUAUACUUUAAUGAAUGGAACAAUAAAUCUAGCUUCUCCAA